AUGGACUCUUCUAGAUCUUCAACUCUUGCUCUUUUUUUCAUCACCAACAUGCUUUUCUUUGUUAUGGCAAAUGGUUGUUUCUUUUGUCCAAAACCAAACCCUAACCCUAACCCUAACCCUAAUCCAUUUCCUUACCCAAACACAAGUCCUUCCACUAAGAGUUGUCCUAGAGAUGCACUCAAAUUAGGAGUAUGUGCUAACUUGCUUAAUGGACCUAUUGGUGCAAUUGUUGGGUCACCACCAGAACAUCCUUGUUGUUCUAUUUUAGAAGGACUAGUUGAUCUUGAAGUUGCGGUUUGUCUUUGUACUGCCAUUAAAGCUAACAUUCUUGGCAUUGAUAUUAAUAUUCCUAUUUCACUUAGUUUGAUUCUUAAUGCUUGUGAGAAGAGUCCACCCACUGAUUUUCAGUGCUCUUAA